GCAGUUUUUGAGCAUGAAAAUGGGCGAUAAUUUCCUGGCCUUGUUGGCAUUUUUGCGGUUUUUCAACUUGUCAAUUUUAUAGGUAAAUUUGUGUGAGAUUCACUUUUAUCUGGGGAGAGUUUAGCAACACAACUCACUUUAUCGCGAAUAGGGAUGGAAGAGUGUGAUUUUCCAAAUGGUUUUAGAGAGACGCGAUGUAUGGGUGUUUGUUGAAAGUACAGCUAACAUUAUUAUUACAACUGCGUCAUGUUGGUGGUGUGCCAAGAGGUUUUGUAUUAAAUGGGUGAGAGACAGAGCGAGAGAGAGGACGUAUGAAUUAUAAUCUGGCCAAUGUGCACAAAGUACGUUACCAUACCAACCGUUUAUGAUAAAAUAAGUGUAAGAGAUAUGCCAAGAGAGGGAGAGAGAGAGAGAGUCAUAUACCUUUUCCCACUGACAAUAUAUACUCUAUUUAACAUUUUUUAUUUGCCAUGUGUAAUUGUGGUUUGGUGUCGCGACAAUUUUAUUAUUUGUGAUGAUGCCUUCUGUGUAUUUGAAUACAUGGUGUGUUGUUUGAUUCUCAUGAGUGUAUGAGGGGCGCAAUUAUGAUAAAAUAUGACAUUUUGAUACAUGUAAUGACAGCAUGUUGACUCGCGAGAGAGAGACAAUUUUUAGGGAAGUGCGUUUUGUUAAAGAAAGUCUUUGGGCUUGCUGGUACUGCUGCCAGUUUUGGAAGUGGUUGAAUUGAAGAGAGAGAGAUUCAGUUUCUCGAGGCUCGCCGAAUGGAGGAGGCCAAUCAGCCGAGAGUGUGAGAGAUGCAGAAAGAUUGUGUAUUGUAUCGGCAACCAGCCAGAACAUCAAGUUUUUGGGCUGUUCGGUGGCGAAUGAUGAUGUGGUUAAAUUCUUCUGUAUGUACACUGCGAUGAUCAGUGUUGUGUAAACGUCGUCCGGAAUAUGUUACGGAAUAAAAAUGUAUACUUUUCGCUUGCGAUUAUGUUCAGCGAGAAUGAUGUCUAGCAAUUCGCGAAUGUAUUAAAUUUCAGGGGGGAGAGAAAAGGUUUGACUCUCUCGCAUUUUCGCGUAUGGCGUUUUUCAUCGUCAAGGUGUCUAUAUUAAGUGUAUAACACAGAGAGAAUUUGGUGGAUGAGGCCGGGGCUAUUGAUAAAGUGACAGAGUGAGAAGACUGCAGAGGAAGAAAAUUCCAUUAGCCCGGCAUCGAGAGUGAGAGGGAUAUUGAUGGGUGAGAGAGUGGAGAGGAAAAGUCCCUGACGUAGGCAAUUUUUCGCCAGUGUGUUUGCACGCCGGCGAGAGGAGAAGACAGAAAGAAAGACGUGAAAUUUUUCUAGAGCAGCGACAAAUGCGCUCACGGCACAGGCGGAUUUUCGGUGGUGUUGUAUCGUGACGAGAGAUGAAUGUGUUAAUAUAUCGGCUACUCGGUCGGCGGGGAGAGUGCGUCUGAUUGUAAUAUCUGCGAGUGACUGAGGAGCUCAAGUAUAGUGCUAUCUCUUUGGGCAGGGGAGUUGCGAACUCUGUGCACAGGACGCUUUUUUGAGUGUUGAGAAAAUUGAUCAGAAUUGGGGGAAAUAUGUGAAGUUACAUGUGAACUUUCUGAGUGAGUUGACAAAAUUCUGAAGAGAAAAAUAGCUUUGCAAAUUACUCUUCAAUUGAGUUUCCCGUGUGGAUUUCUUGGAGCCAUUUUCACUUUCUUGGUGAAUAAUGAGAUUAAUGUCACCUGAAAGGCCUCCAUCGCAGGAUGGUGGUCCAAUGUUGGAAUCACCAAACUUAAUAAUGUCAUCAAUGCCGAUCGAGUCGAGCCAUGUGAUCCUCCAGCAGCACAUUCAGUACAGCAAUCCGGGGAUUGGCGGUGGCGGCGGCGGCGGAGACGGAGGGGGUGGCGGCGGCCACAUUGUGAUAAAUGGAAAUGGUGUGGCGACAGGAAGUGGUGGCAGUCGGAGUGUUAAUGGCCAGGGAACAGUUGCCGUGGAGCAAACGGGGUCUUCCAAACUAUUGGUGCUACAGCAGACCAGUGACAAUUACAUUGCUGCAACUAAUGAGAAUAAUGGUGUUGGAAAUAUUGUGCUGCUGGCGACGGAACAGAUGGAAAUCAAUCCGGGCGAUCACAAUGGGAUUGUGACGUCGGCAAAUGGUGGCGAUGAGGAGUUGACGCCGCUGACAUGGCUUCACAACAAGGACCUCCUCAAGGGAAUCAAUCUCUCGUGUGCAAAAGUUCAGGCGAGCAAUGACACGCUGAUGAAGCAGAGCGCCGGUGCCAUGUCGCCUACAAGUGACUUCCUGGAGGACUCGUGUAUAUCUGAGGACAACACGUCAUCUAUUGUGUCCACCUCGGAUCAGAGCAUUGGGAUUUACAGCACGGAAACAUCACCAAAGUUGUACAUAAGUCCCAACAACAACAAUAACACCAUUAACAAGAAUCGCAAUCACUUGUCAACAUCAACGAGGACUUCGACGAUUCAAGUGAGUCCGGGCGGUACGACCACUGUCAUUGAAUACCACUCGAGUGGGAAGCAACAGAAUGGUGUGGGUGCGACAAGUGGUGGUGCUUCCACCUCGACGUCCAGCACCACCACUACCUCGACGCCCCAUCAACAUUUCCACAAGAAGUAUCUGCGUGAGGAACACGUGAAGACGCUGCGACAGAGCCAGAACGACUCGGGAUUCGUGUCACCCACGACAGUUGGGCAGUACGAGAGCCAUCAGCAGCAGAUUGUCACUCCACCGCAACCGGUUUCGCCGCUCAGGCAUCGCGGAAGCGGCAGCGGUCAGCAUGGGCAGAAGACACCUCUCGCCACGACUCCAUCGAAGCUGAAGCACCCCACGAAUCAGCCCUACGAUCCACAGGUGCACACCACCAAUAAGCCACCGUUCAGCUUCAGCUCCCUCAUCUUCAUGGCCAUCGAGGACGCUUCCGAGAAGGCACUGCCCGUGAAAGAGAUCUACGCGUGGAUCGUGAAACACUUUCCCUACUUCAAGACGGCUCCGACUGGCUGGAAGAACAGCGUGCGCCACAACUUGUCGCUCAACAAGUGCUUCCAGAAGGUCGAGAAGGCUCCGAACAUGGGAAAGGGAUCUCUGUGGCGUGUGGAGCAACAGUAUAGGCAGAACUUGAUUCAGGCACUCACUCGUUCGCCUUUCCAUCCAUUUUCAACCUUUGACAAGACUGUGUACAAGACUCAGCAAGGGUCAAAUGACUCCUCCACUAUCUCUAAGUCAUCGGGUGGACGUCCAUUGAAUGCCUCUCUCACGCCUCGCCUGAACAAAUUCAUGGCCGAACUCGAUGCGCCGCCAGAGCCGCCGGCGAGUCCGCCGAUUGAGGAUGAGUAUCGUCACUUGACGUCGUACAGCUAUUAUGAGAACGGCACCAACGCCAUGCUCAAUGUCCUAGUCAACAGUGAGAAUGGCGGGAGUGCCACGAGCAGCAACAGUGGCAGUCCGGAGAAGAUCGUGCGGGACUGGAGCGCCGACAGCAGUAUCGAGGAUGUUAAUGCUGCCACGGCGAUGCUGGCCCUCAAGCAUGGGCCCAAAGUGUUCUCUGAGAGCUAUCAGAGCGGGCGUCCAGUGAUCACGUCUUCACCGAGUGAGGAUCACACGUACUCAGCUGGUGGGAAUAACAAUGGCACAGCGUCGGGAAUCGGCAAUUUGUCAGCGAACUCAUCCAACAGCAACAGCUUGGACAACACGAGCAACGGCACCUCCUCGGAUGCUGCCUACGAGAGCAGUGAGGAAAGUCAAAUGACAUCACGCGCUCAGGAGGAGCUCGAGGAGCAGCGCCGCAAGGCGGAAGGUGUGGAUGCUCUGCUGAAUUUGGCCGGCGUGUCACUGCCAUCCACCGCACCCAUAAUGCUGAAACGCUCCUCGGUGGACAAUCAAUAUCACUACCAGACAUCAUCGACGGACGCAGAGACGCCGCUGUCGUCGCCAUCGCCGUCGAAGCGCUCCAAGCAGCGGCCGAUUCGCAGCAAACUCAAGAAGAAGGCGGCGUGGUUGCGGUAAUAUCAGAUGCAUCAAGAGCUACUAGGUAGUCUCGAGUAGGGAAGAAAUUGUGUUGAUUUUAUCCUUUCUUUCGCAUCUCUUCCAACUAUUUUUUACAAUCAUGAUAAUCUAUUAGUUGUCGUGUAGUGGAGAAGGAUUGAUAGGAGUUCUGUUUUAACCUCUAGUUGACGUGUAAUAGAAGAUGCAUAUAAAUUAUCAUAGUUGCUAAAUAGUGUAACCACUUACACCACAGCUCUGUGCGCGAUGAUGGAGAAAUUCUCAGAUUCUCCAGUGAGAGAGCGAGAAUAGAGAAGAAGCACUUAAGUGGAUCAAUGCAAGAUGAGAAGGAAAAAAGUGUUCUGUAAAGCAAUUUUUCCGUGUUGGCUUUGUUGAAAACUGACUAUGGCGAGAGGAGAUGAGAGUUGCAUUAAAUUACCAAUAUACUAUAUAUUACACUAUAUAUUAGAAUUAUUAAUAAAUAUGUUUACAAGACAAGAGAGUCCAACAAAAGUAGCUAUAUAAACAACAAAUUGAAGCAAUAUGAGCGACGUAGUUGGUGUUACUUUGCGAGUUAUGCGAUGAUGCGAGACUUCUUUAUUUCUCAAAAUUCACACAAACACUCUAUCGAGAUUGCUUUCCAGACUUUCGAUCAAUGUCCUGUUUUCGAGAUGCAAGUACAAAGAAGAGUGAGCGAUAAAAGGAGGGUAGAUUUUUUCAAAAUUCAACCGCGAUGAAGCAUGCAAUUGUUGGGCAAAGAGAGAGAUAAAAACACUCUGAAGAAAGGGAGUAUUUUAGGAAUUAGCGACAAGAGAUACGUAUAGAAAGUUACUUGAAGAUUCUGUUGAGUUGACUUUAAAAUACAUUAUGUUGUUUGAACUUGUUAAAUGUUAGCGAAAUUGUCACACUUGAUAAGGUAUAAAAAGAUGGGGUGGGAAAAUAGGGGGAGAAUAAAGAUGAAUUUCACGCUUCUCGUCUAACAAAAUGUGAAACAACAAUCAAUGCAUUAAGCAAAAAAAAGGGAGUGAAAAAGGUACAUUGAGCAUGAAAUAUGGAUAUUUUAUUACCUUGGAAUGAAAACAAAUCGUGAGAUUAGCGAAAGAAAGUGUGUUUUAAAGUAGUGUGAUGGAUACAAAAAAAAAACCGUAGCUGAGGACAAACAGUGAAAGAGUAUGAGAAAAGAUACUGAAGACGACAUAUUUUUGAUGAUAAUAAAUUAUAAAUAGCACACACAACACAUUUAAGAAAUGAGAAACAAUGGUAGUAAAUAUUUACGCCAAAGUAAUUUGCUUAUCUAGUGCUUUUACUUUUAAGGGAGAAAAAGAAAAAUCGUAUACAAGAUUGCGAGAGGAAAUCAGUUUUAUGACGAGAACAUGACGAACAAUGGAGUAGAGAAAAUUUUUAAACAAUGUUACCAAAUUCUAAAGAAAGAAAAACUAUUAGCGCUUUCCUGUUACACACGUGAAGAAAAAAAUAUUGAUAAAUGAUAUUUAGUGAGUCGCGAGAUGGGAAAUUGAGGUGAUUUUUUGUCAGUAGAGCUUUUCUUUCCUCAACAAUGAAAAGAAAAAGGCGAGAGCGAAAGUUGUGAAGGAAAGACACACACACAAUCACAUAACUUGUUAAAAGCAAUAUUAUAGGAAAGGAGGUUUUGUGUGAUGAUUUUCUCUUUCCACAAAUCUUCUCUCGGGCCUUUUUAUUGUGAAUCAACGUGAGAUUCCUUUCUUAAGCUGGCUUUCAUGGCAUUUCACAGCGCGCGUUAUUUUCUUAAUGUUUCUUCAAAAUGUGCCAAAUGCUUGAUUUUGAUUUGAUUGAAUGUGUUUUUAUUUGUUUUAAACAUUCAGUAAUGCAAUCGUGCAUCUUACAAUGGCAUUAUCCGCUAGUUCAGCAUUUAGUGCCAUAAUUCUUAUUCGUAUUUCGACCACAGAAUUGUAUAAAAAAAAAGAAAAUCGAUGGAAAAUGCUUAGUCACUUCACUACCUCUUCCCUUUGAUGAUUUAUUUUUGCCUGAUUUCUGCCCCUCAAACUGUCUUCCAAUCUUCAACAAUUAGGAUAUGCUAGAAUAGUUAAGAAAUGAAUGUUGUUGCUGUUUCCAUUUUUAUUAGAUAUUUUUUUUGAUUUCUUAUCUCUCAGAGGAAAACAAUGAGUUUAAUUCGGCUGCAAAUGCUUCUCUCGAUGCACGUUAGGAAAAAAGAACUAAUAAACGAAAGCAAUACAGUAGCAAAAUGUUCAGCGAAUAAUUGGUAUAGAUUUUAUGGUUUUUCCUUGAUUGGUUAAAUGUACGCCUUUUUCUUCCACACAAGACAGAAAGGGAGAGAGAGAGACAGAGAGAGAAGAGUAAGGAAAUUUGAUUGAGAAGAAAGAUCACUAUCAUUAGCCGUUAAUACUUAUUAUUAAUAUUGAUUCUAAGAACCUUAAAUAUAUUCAUACUAUGUAUAUUAUGAGAAAAUAUUACUAUAAGAAAUCAAGUGAAGAA